UCAUUAAAUAACUGCUUCUAUUUGUUUUCCUGUUACAGGCAAACAGGGGGAUGCACUUGUAAAACCACAUACUGAGUCCUAUGUUGCGCAUAGGUUACACCAUGGAGAGGUCCAAGCGGUCUGCGAAGGUCCCGCGAAGAUUGGUGGAAGAAGAGGAUGUCCCUGCAAAGAAGAAGAAGAGUGUGGUUACUGAUAGUGGUGAAAUGUCACUGCCUUUGUCUGUAAUCCCUGUUGUUUCUGAACUUGCUGGUUCUGUGCCUGUGUCUGUUGUCUCUUCUUUUCCUACUCCCUUUAGCCCUGUAUAUUCUAUCUCUCUACCGGUUUCUUCCUCUGCUGUUUUUACAGCUCCUACCCUUUUCCCUAACGUUUCCGUGUCUUCUGCUUCCCCUCUUGCUUCCUCUCAUGCUCCGGUUUCUUUUCCUUCCUCCGUUAUUUUCUCUGUCCCUAGUGUAGCCACGCUUUCCCUAGCUAGCACUUCUCUUGCUGGGGGGUUGGUGGGGCAGCCGGUUCCUCACCGGAACCCGGCUGUAGCUCACCAAUCUGUUGCCGAUGCCUUAAUGUACUCCCCGGAGAUGCGUUUUUCCCCGGGGAGCAGGAGCGCAUCGCCAUCCCCCCCUUUGUCUCCGGGCAGAGGGGGAUGGUGGGUAGGCCUCAGGCGCCAUGUUUUCCAGAGCCUCGUGGGGAUUCUUCAGCAGUGGAUCCUCAGUUGCGCGCGCCCGCUCUAGCUCCGCCCACCGCACGUCCGUUCGCCAUCUUGGGACCCCCUGCGCAGUCAAGUUUGAUUGCGGCGAUGGAGGGAGCUGGAGCGGUCGCGGGUGGUUCUGUGCCCUUGGGACAUCAGGUCCCUGCGGGCGGCUUGUUGCAGGUAGGUGGAGCCGCAGGGGGGAAUGGGAGGGCCGGGGGGCCAGUCACUCGCAGGGCAAAGGGAAACAAGAAGGGGAUGAAUGAGAAUAAUAAUAAAGGCAGAAAUAAGCCUUAUAGGAAAUCUGAUAGGAUUCAGGCGGCAAAUAAAGGGCCAUUAGGGCCAGUUUGUACACCGGUACAUGUGAAAUCUGUUAGAAAAGUGGGGCAUUUGGAUUUAAUGGCAAGUUUAAGGAAAAGGCUCAUAUCAAGGCAUCUGUCAGGGGGGCAGUCUGCAGGAUCUGGGGGGUUAGGAGGUGCGACUGGGGGGCUCCCUGGGCAGCUUGUUUCUCCCUGUGUUGCUCCCACUUUUCAUUUUGUACCACAGGUUGCUGUUGCUGUUCGUGAAGCGCAGGAGAUUGGAGUUGCUGGUGGCAGUGCGGCGCAAGGCGGACAGAGAGCUGGGGUAGUCUCAUCAGCAGGAGAGAAGGUGGUUGAAGGUUCCUCUGGUUCCACGCAGGCCGGGACGGUUGCGACAUCAGGAAAUGGCAAACAGGGGGAUGCACUUGUAAAACCACAUACUGAGUCCUAUGUUGCGCAUAGGCAAACAGGGGGAUGCACAUGUAAAACCACAUACUGAGUCCUAUGUUGCGCAUAGGCAAACAGGGGGAUGCACUUGUAAAACCACAUACUGAGUCCUAUGUUGCGCAUAGGUA